CUCAGCACAUCCUGAACUUCCUGUGGAGGGAUGCAGACACAGUUGGGGAUGCUGCACUCUGCUAUAAAAGCACACGUACUGCAGGGACCCACUGCAAGGUCUCCCCUUCAGAGUGCUAACUAGGAAAUGAAAGGAAGGAUCUUCUUAUGACUGCAAACUCAGGACUCUUCCCGUUUCCGGUAGAGACAGAUUACACAUGAAACAAUCCAUUACUCUCUUCUGCUCUUCUGACUUUUGUAAAUUAUUCUUUGUGUUUUCUGUCAUAUUAUAAUACUAGCAGCUAAAGGUGAGGCAUAUGAUAGAAUUGUUUUCAACAUGCAACAACAAAUGUUCAUGCUCCAUCUGAAUGGGUUUUCGACAUGCUGUUUUACUAUAUUCAUUGUUUCUGCUAUUGUAGAUUCCUGUAUGUCAAAAUAAACGAACUGGGCAUGAUGACACAUGCCUCACUUAAAACCAUAUGGGAGGCUAAUACAGGAAGCAAUCUGUGAUAGAUAUAUAAAAACAACUUGUAACCAAAAACUAAAAGUAUUUUAGAAUAUAGCCAUUCUGCCACCUCUAGUAGAAUUCUCCAGCUCAUGGUCUUGCUUGGCUGCCAAGUAUGAAGAAGGUGGAAAGAGAGUCUCAUUUUUCAAACCAUGAGUAAAUUUUAUGAGAGCAAUACUCAGAUACUAUUUCAGUUUAAUAAAUUUAUUUACCUCAGGACAUUAAAACAAAGUUACCAAUUCUUUUUUGUUAAAGCUAUUGACUCAUUAACACUCACCAUGUGUUUUAUUUACAGCUACAGAAUGAUCCAGAAUACAGAAACAAAAUUAAGGCACAAGCCAUAAUAUACCCUAAGCUACAGGCAAUUGAUACAGGGAUGCCAUCUUAUCGAGAGUAUGAAAACGGUCCCUUUUUGUCAAGGAGGUUAGCAAUUAAGUUGUCAGCCCAAUAUGUAACAGAAGAUGAAGAACUGCCAGAGGCAAUACUGAAAAAUGAGCACAUGCCUGAAGGAUCAAGAGACUUGUUCAAGUUUGUGAACUGGAGUCACUUCCUUCCUGAGAAGUAUAAGAAGAACCAUGUUUAUAGGGAGCCUGUUCUUGGGAAGCUGAAUGCUUCCUAUCCAGGACUUCUGGAUAGUAGACUGUCACCUUUGUUAGUCAAUGACUCCCAGUUACAAAAUUUGCCAUUAACUUAUAUCAUCACAUGUGAACAUGACAUCCUAAGAGACGAUGGACUUAUUUAUGUCACCCGACUCAGAAAUGCAGGAGUUCCAGUUACACAUGAACACAUAGAGGAUGCAAUCCAUGGAGCCAUAUCAUUUGUCACAGCACCAAUGUAUUUACAUUCAGGUUUGAGAGUAAUAGAUAAGUAUAUAAGUUGGCUACAAGAAAAUCUAUAAAUCAAAUGUACAUAUAGCUAGGUAGUCAGUUAGCUAACAUUUUCACCUAAAGGUUAUAAUUUAAAGUAUUUUAAAAUUAAAGAGUUUGAACAUGAUUUGAACUUUGGAUAAACCUAAUUUUAAGUUAGAAUAAAUAUGGUUAGUAUAUUUGGGAAGCUACUUAAUUUUGAUAAUUUAAAAAUGGAGAUAUUCGUUUUAUUGCCAUCUUUAACACCAUGAAUAGAGAUACUCUCUGAGAAAUCAAACCGAAUAAUUCAGUACUAAAAUGUGAGUACUGUUAUAUUCAAAAGGGCAGGAAUCGAGGCAGUGACAAGAAUGUGGUGAUGAAUGAGGAGGGAGAACAUUGUAG